AUGGUGUCUUCCACUAUAACUAACCAUGCUUCUACUCUUAAUGACAGAAGUAUACAAUUCAAUGAGCAUGAAGUACGUAAGGAUAAUGUCGUUAACACUAUAGAUUACAACAUUACCUAUCUUUAUACUGACAAAGUUAUACAAUUGUCCAUACUGUCACUCUGUUGUUAUUUAACCCUUAAAAAUGAUUUGUUAUUCUAUGGAUUGCCUUUAUUAAAAAUUUUGAUUGUAUUCACUAUGGGUUCUUUUUUGAGUUUCAACAAUAACUUCAAUAAUUUAUGGAAAUUCGAUACUGUGUAUCUAUUCCUUCUACCUUUAUUAAUGUCUUUCUAUUUCCAAACGGAUUGUAUAUUUUUAAAUACAAUUUUAACCUUUAAUUCAUUUGAUAUCUCAUAUUUAUCAAAAUUGUUAUUGCAAUUAUAUUUAUUAUAUUCAAUCAACGGCACAUUCACCACCCAAGUAAUACCAAUAUUCAUCAAUUCAUUAUUAUGCUCCAUUUUAGCUAAAAUCGGAGAUUACAAAAGUUUCGAUAACAUCGAUUGUAACCUAUUCAGUAUUUUUCUAACUAAUUUGCUAUUCUUAAAUGAUUCAAAAGAGCUGAUCUAUAACAAUUUGUUUAAAGCCCUAAUGUUCUCUUUGAUUAACGUGAUUACCAUAAAUUAUACAAUUAUUAAGUUAUUAAAAUUAACAAAAAUCGAGAAGAACUUUAAAUAUCUGAGAUCUGUAUUGCUAUCUUCAAAUAUUUUGAUUACAUUCCCAUUACUGGUUAAAAAUUUAGUUAUUGAGGGUCAGGACCCAUUGAUAUGGUUGAUUAAUUUUAUUUCAACUUCAAUUGACCGCCAGAAAAUUCUAUUUACCUGGUUACUUGCAUUAUUAAUUCUAAUACCCAAUAUUAUGAUGAAUAAAUCAAAGUUUUCAUUAAAUACUUCAAGAAAAGUUUGGCAUUUUUUAAUAAUAGUUUUAUUGGUAUACCCAUUUAAAAUAGAUCCUCUAUUUGUUAAAAUUUCAUUAGCUGGUUCAAUUGUACUGUUUUUAAUUGUAGAAUAUACAAGAUAUCUGAAAUUAGACCCAAUUGGUAAUCAAUUGGACCUCCAUUUGAGAUCGUUCACUGAUUUCAGAGAUGAAAAUGGCCCUGUCAUCAUAUCUUACAUUUAUCUAAUAGUCGGCGUUUCAACUCCAUUAUUAUUAUCGGACUCCCCAAUUGGCUUGGUAGGUUUAGGAAUCGGUGAUUCAAUUGCAUCUAUAGUGGGUAAAAAAAUUGGUACAAUUAAAUGGCCCGGUACGUCUAAAACUGUAGAAGGUACAGUGGCUUUCAUAUUGAGUACAAUGCUAACUUGUCAUAUUUUAAAGGAGUAUCUCGGCUAUUUUACUGACAUUUCUACUGCUGAUUUAUUUAAAAUUUGCACACUAAGCGGUAUCCUUGAAGGAAACAGCGUGCUUAAUGAUAACAUUUUAAUACCAACAUUCAUGUUGAUUUGCGAACGUAUUUUUGCUAGACAAUAA